AAGUGGCGAGAAAAACAGAGCAAUUAGGAAUUACUCAAGACAUGGAUUCCUCUUCCCUCUUCAACUCCCCCACUUCCUCUGACUCCUCCUGGGGCUGGGACGGCUACCUCCCCUUCAACGAGAACGACCCGGAGGAGAUGCUCCUCUACGGCAUGAUCGCCACCGCCACCGCCCCCGCCCCCGAGGCCACCAAGGAGAAGUACCGUGGUGUGCGCCGCCGCCCCUGGGGGAAGUUCGCCGCCGAGAUAAGGGACUCGACGCGGCACGGCACCAGGGUGUGGCUGGGGACAUUCGACAGCGCAGAGGCGGCGGCCCUGGCUUACGACCAAGCGGCCUUUUCCAUGAGAGGGUCGGCGGCCAUACUGAACUUCCCCGUUGACAGGGUGAGAGAGUCCCUGAAAGAGAUGAACUACGCAAACGCCGAGGAGGAUGGCUGCUCCCCUGUCGUGGCUCUCAAGAGGAAGCACUCCCUCCGAAGGAAGAUUGGUGUUAAGAAGACCAAACAGACUACCCUUCCCAAUGCCAUCGUCUUCCAAGACCUCGGCGCUGAUUACUUGGAACACUUGUUGAUGUCCUCUUCCUCUUCCUCCUCCUCCUCCUCCUCCUCCUCCUCUCCUUCUCAUUGAUUCCUUCAUUCAAACACAUACCUCUUUAUGUCACACUUCAUUUCUUUCUUUUUUCUAUGCUUAUUAUAUGUCUCAUGUUUCCAUCACAGAUUUUACUAUCACCUUUUGAUCACUCUGUAUUUUUUUUUUUGGGGAGAUUUUUCCUCUCUUUUUUUGUAAAGUUUAGAGAUAAGGAAUGCAGUAAUCUUUGUGGGACUCAAUUUAUGUCAAAUUCUCUCGAUAUUAAUUGAGGUGACUGAGACUCUUGUUUUUA